AUGUUGUUAUUCGAAUCAGAAAAGAAGCAGUCUAAGCAGAAAGUGGGUCCCCGAUAUACAGAAUUUCAAGCUGUCGUAUUAGCUGGAUAUGGCCACAGACUAUACCCACUUACCGAGGACAAGAAUGUUCCCAAGGCUCUCCUUCCUGUCGCAAAUAAACCAAUGCUAUUCUAUGUUCUUGAUUGGCUGGAAAAAGCGGGAAUCUAUGAUGUAAUGGUUGUCACCCAUCCGGAUGCAGAACAUAAAAUUGGGACUUAUCUGAAGAAUGCCUAUGAUGGAAAGAUAAAGCCUAGCUUAGAGGUCAGCAAAGAGGAUGAUGCCGGAACUGCCGAUGCUUUGCGAGUCGUUAAGGAUAAGAUCAAGUACGAUUUCGUCGUAAUCAGCUGUGACCUAGCGCUCGAUCUUCCACCUCACAAUCUAUUAGAUUAUCAUCGUAUACAUAAUCCCACAUGUACUGUACUUUUCUACGAGUCGGGCAAAUCUGAAGGCAGUGGCGGCAGUUCUGCAGGAGCCAAAGAGGAUGUGAAGGAAAUAGUCGGGGUAGACAUGAUGAGUUCGCGUCUCGUGUACAUUGCACAGAGUGACCUAGAUGAUGAACUGUCAUUGCUCGUAGCUGGGACAGAAGACUAUUUAAAAUCCGCGCUUCCUUAUUCAUCCACGUGGGUAGGCGAUAGUAAUGGCUGUCAUAUAGACUGCCAAUUGUACAUUUACAAAGGGAAUUUCUGCUGCCGAAGUAAUACCAUCCCUAGAUAUUACGAAUUGAAUCGACAUAUGACAAAAUCGACCACGGACACUCGAGUAGCCGCAACAGCCAUUGUAAACCAAAAGACACAGGUUGGAUCUGACUCGCUUGUCGGUGAGGAAACAAAAAUCGAUGAACGUACUUCGAUCAAGCGAUCUACCGUAGGAUCCCACUGCACUAUAGGCAAAAACGUGAAAAUUACUAAUUCUAUCAUCAUGGAUAAUGUUGUCAUAGAAGACAACGUGAAGUUGGACGUAUGCAUUGUGUGUAAUAAUGCUAGAAUCAUGGAGAAAUCAAUACUGAAAGAUUGCGAAGUUGGAGCCGGAUACGUUGUAGAAGCAGAGACACAAACGAAAAAUGAGCAGCUAGUAGAAUUUCGCGACCUAUGA